AAGGCUGUAUGUAUAUAAAGACAGGAAUAUGCAGUGGAUACUCUUGCUUAGAUGGGGAAAACACGAGAGGAUUUUGAGAGGCACACUAUGAAGAGCUUGAUUUUUGUCCUCACUCUGAGCGUUUUCUCUUGUUCAGGGUUUCCAGUGUAUGAUUAUGAACUCCCUGUCACGGAAGAGGCUCUCAAUGCUUCUAUUGCAAGGAUCAAUUCUCAGUCUUGGGGGCCAAACCUAUAUGGUGUUGUCAGGAGCCACGUUAGACAUGUUGACAUGUGGAACAGCAAUGAUUAUAGACUAGAGCUGCAGCUCAGUAUUCGUGAAACGGAAUGCACAAAAGCUUCAGGAAGAGACCCAUUUACAUGUGGCUUCAAAGUAGGGCCUUUUGUGCCAACUGCUGUCUGCAAAAGUGUUGUGGAAGUCUCCAGUGAGCAGAUUGUGAAUGUUAUUGUGCGAUGCCAUCAGAGCACAUUCAGCUCUGAAUCGAUGAGCAGUGAGGAGAUGAUGCAUUUGCUGAUGACAAGCCCAAGCAAGCGAGGCAGCAGUCGCUCUGAAGCCUUCUCAUCAAGGGGAAGAGGCCGCAUCAAUGGUGACUGGCACAAACCUGAUUAUGCUAGCCCUGGCAAGAUUGAAUAAUGCAAUUUAGGAAAAACUAUUCUGUGAUGAAGUGAGUCUUUCCUUAAAAUCACCUUCUACUUUACAGCCAACUGGCCAUUGGAUGAAUUCGUCAGGUGCUGAAUGGGUGCACUGCUCAGUCAGUAGUGUUCUGACUAUUACAGCUCAUCAGGAGGACUGUCUCAGACACCUAAUGUAACUCUGUCCAGUAUGUGUUGUACCAUCUCGUAGCAAUGAUAUUAAAUGAUCAAAGGAUUGCUAUUGUA